AUGGAUCUCGCACUCCAAACGAUUAUCAAGCGAUUCAGUACCAGAGCUACCAUUUUCACGGUCCCUGCUGAUGUUCUACGUUUCCCCAUAUAUGACACUGAGACUUUACCGACCCUGAACGUAUGGAACGAGCUGAAAGAGAGUGCUGACAGUUUGGAGCAGGCAAGAGAAUCGAGCGAAGCGAUUCUGUUUUUGGAGUGGUUAAUUACGAACAGAAUCACUGGUGUGCAGUAG